CACAGUCAUCGUUUCAGCGGCCCCCAGUCCACACAGGCCUGCUGUCCGCUGACCCUCUCAGCCCUUGGCCACGCCCCACAGUCACGCCCACACACAGAGACCGAGACCAGCAAGAACAGAAAAGAGCGUGGCGUCCUCCAAGAGCAGGCAAGGACAAACGGCCAGUCAUGUCAAACUCUGGAGAGUGAGCUCCAGAAUGUUCUGCAGGGAAAACCACUUUUAAAUCCCCAGUUGUUGACCAAUACCUGGAACAUUGCAGAAUAUGAGCAGGUGAAACGUGAGUAUGAGUGGUUGCGGCAGGCUCUGUGUGCAGUGACCGUGGAGAGAGAUUGUCCGCUGUGGAAGAGGACUCAGCUCCAAGGCAAACUGGAGAACCUAGAGCAGGUGCUGCAGCACAUGCGAGAUGCUGCAGAACGGAGGCAGCAGUUAGAGCUUGAGCAUGAACAGGCCCUGGCCGUCCUCAGUACCAAACAGCAGGAGAUCGACCUUCUGCAGAAGGCCCAGGUUGAGGCCAAAAAGGAACAUGAAGGUGCUGUCCAUUUAUUAGAGAAUCACUUGGACAGCAUGCAGGCGAAAGUGAGGGAGUUGGAGGAGAGAUGCCGGACACAGAGUGAGCAGUUUAACAUGCUCUCCAAGGAGCUGGAGAAGUUCAGGCUGCAGACCAGCAAGUUUGACCUCCUGGGCUCUAGCCACCUGACAGGGGGUGACUCACCCAGCUCCCCCACCAAAACACCCUCCCUGACCCAGCUCCUGAAUGGCCUGGCCACGCCGGCAGGGAAGGGCAGUGACGACUCCCUGGGUAAGUCUGUGAUGUCAGAGUUCGUUCGGCCUCUGCAGAUGGGCGGAGCGGAGAAGGCGGAGCUUCUGUCCGUCAAGCCCAGCUUGCUGUCUCGGAGCACACCGUCCAGCCCCCGCCAAGCAUACCUCUCCGAGCUGGACAAAGAACUCAGCCUGUCUCCCCAUGCCAAGCCCAGGUUCACGGGUAAAGCGCGCCUGUGUGUUGCUCGUUAUAACUAUAACCCCUACGACGGCCCCAAUGAGCAUCCUGAGGCAGAGCUCCCCCUGGUGGCUGGGAAGUAUCUUUAUGUUUACGGUACCAUGGACGAAGACGGCUUCUAUGAAGGAGAACUCCUGGACGGCCAGCAGGGCCUCGUCCCCUCCAACUUCGUGGACUUCCUCAAGGAUGAGGACGCGACAUCGGCGUCGCUGUCAGAGCGCCUGAAGGAGCCGCUGUACGCCGAGCCCGGCUCUGCCUCCCUUCCCAGCAGUGCCGUGAGCACGCUCAGCACACUGCUCUCCGAGAAACUGGACGUGCUGGGCUCAUGCACGGGCACGACCACAAGCAGCAGCAGUGGUAUCAGUAGCCUGGGGUCAGGCCUGGGGUCAGGCCUCGGGUCGGGCCUGGGGUCGGGCCUCUCGGAUGGGCUCGGCCCCUGCGGCGCCACGCUGGACGCCGGCAUCGGCGAGAUCGCAGAAGACGCAGUGCCUUACCCACGAUGCAUCACCCUCAUCAAACAGCUGGCCAAGAGCGUGAUCGUGAGCUGGGAGCCUCCGCUGGUGCCGCCGGGUUGGGCAUCAGCCGUCAGCGGCUACAACGUGCUGGUGGACCAGGAGGUGCGCAUGAGCGUACCCUUCGGGGCACACGCCAAGUCCCUGAUCGAGAAGCUCAACUUGGCCUCCUGCACGCAUCGCAUCUCUGUGCAGAGCGUGACGGAGCGCGGCCCCUCCGACCCGCUGCGCUGCACCCUGCUGGUGGGGAGGGAUGUGGUAGUGGCCCCGUACUUCCUGCGGGUGGAGAACGUCACACAGACCUCCGCCGACCUCUCCUGGAUGCCCAGCAACAGCAACUACAGCCACGCCGUCUUCCUCGACGACGUGGAGUGCGACGUGGUCAAGCCAGGCAGUUACAGGUACCGCAUCUGUAACCUGAGCCCUACGACCGUGUACAAGGUACGGGUGGUGGCCCGACCCCAUCAGGUACCCUGGCAACUGCCACUGGAGCAGAGGGAGAAGAAGGAGAUCUCGGUGGAGUUCUGCUCGCAGCCUUUCGGUCCCCCCUCCCCCCCACAGGAUGUACACGUGCAGUGUGACCAGUCUCCCGGCGUCCUGCGGGUGCGAUGGAAGCCUCCUCCGCUCACCCCCAGCGGCACGUCGAACGGGGCGCACGUCAUCGGCUACGUGGUCUGCACCAAAGGGCAAAAGAUCGCAGAGGUGAUGUUCCCUACGGCGGAGUACGUGACUGUGGACUUGACCCGUAUCCAGUGUCUGGAGGCCCGCGAGGUGAUCGUCCGCACCAUGUCAGCGCAAGGCGAGUCCCAGGACUCCAACGCCGCCGUCAUUCCCAACACCCUGCUGGCAUCUCCGCCCCUGUCUCAACCCCCCGCACCACCGCAGCCUCACCCGCAAGUUUUCACCCAGAGCUACCCACCGCCCCAACCCCACCCCCAGCAGCCCGCACCCCACCCGGCGCCCCUGGCUCCACCUCACGCCCAGGCGCACCCUCCGCCCCUGCGCCCACAACCGCAGCCUCAGAUCCACCCCAAGCACCAACUCCUACCAAGUGCCAGAGACCCUCACGCCAAAGAGGCAGAGCCAGGCAGGCAGCAGGGCCCGCCCUGGGAGACGUGCCCACCACCACCCACCUCCGGGGGACACAGCCUGGAGCCACCCCACGUAGAGGGCUCGCGCUCGCCCUCGCCACAGCGGAUCCUGCCCCAGCCUCAGGGAGCGCCCAUCCCCAACACGGUGGCCCACGCCAUGGCACGCCAGGCUGCCCAGAGGAGCAGCCCCAACGACAGGAUGGACAGGAGGAACAUAUUCAGUACUCGUCCAUUCUUAAACUCAGAUGAGGAAGAGGAUGGCUAUGACUUCUUCCACGCUAGACGAAGAGGAGCCUCGGUAGACGAGUUUCUGCGCGGCUCAGAGCUGGGUAGACAUCACCAUCACUACAGCCACGGUGAGGAGUACUACACCGAGAGCAGCCGUGGCUCGGACCUCUCAGACAUCAUGGAGGAGGAUGAGGAGGAGCUGUACUCCGAGAUGCAGCUGGAGGAGGGUCGCCGACGCGGCAUCAACUCACACAACACGCUCAAGACGUACUACAGACGGCAGGAUUUGGCAGAGCAGCAAGACACCUGGGACCUCCAGCGGGAGGUGGUGCGGCAGCGGCCGUCCCGCUCCCACAAGCGCCUGCACAGCAUCCCGGAGGUGGCGGAGGAGGACCCAGACGCGGCGGGUGUGGAGGCCGCGGGCCAGCGACCUCGCUUCGAGGACACCCGCCCGGGUGCAGCGCUCCGGACGGCCCGGGCCUGCCAGCCGCCCGACUGCGACUCCCCGAGCAAGUGCGCGCGCCGCCUGCAGCGGCAGCGCUCCUCACCCCGCUACGCCUCCCUGGAGGACGGCGCCCCCUCCGGCCCCGGCUGGGGCGGCAACCGGCAGACCACCAAAAGCCCAGACAGCGGGCUGGACUGUGGCAGUGAAGAGGAGGGCUCUAUGGGGCUCCGCGUGGGCCACCGCUACGGCGGGGGUGGCCCCCUGCGGGUCGGCUCGGGCCCCGGCGCCCGCCUCAUCCACAGCGAGGGGCCGGCGGAGCGCCGGGCGCUGGCCGCCGGUCGAAAGCGGAUGUUGAUGCGUCAGUGCAGCGUGGAGGAGGACUUCCUGGAAGCGACGGCCGAGCUGAGGGCUGCCAGGGAGGCCUACCGCACCUACUAUCGCCCGCGUUACGACUACUACCGCCACCACCACCAGCUCCUCCUACAUCACCCCCAGCGACGGUUCAGGAGUGAGGGCAGGCUCUCUGAGGUUGGAAGGAACUAUAGCAGGGACUUUAGGGCACACUCUGUGGCCAGACUCAACAGGGCUCUGGAUGAACCUCUGUUUUUAGGGAAUUCCUCGGCAAUGGGACGCUCAGACCGACUGGACCAGUCCGGGCCGAGGACGAGUCAUGGCUGCCCACCCCCACAGAGAAGGCCCAUGAUGGUUCCUUCCAUUGAGAUCACCAUGGAGAAUAACAGUGAGGGGAGUGAGGGGAACCUCUCACCUAUCAAGGACGAUUUCUUUGGCAGUGUAGCCGGACACGGGAAAUGGCCACCGCGGCGAUCAGAGCGCGGAGAUGAUAUUUAUGGCGGACGGGACAGCCGCUCUCCAGAGCACUGUGAGUCGGACCUGGACAACUUCCCCCGCAUAUUUGUGGCCCUGUUUGACUACGACCCUGUGUCCAUGUCGCCCAAUCCUGACGCCACAGUGGAGGAGCUUCCUUUUAAAGAGGGUCAGAUCAUAAAGGUGUUUGGGGAGAAGGACACGGAUGGGUUUUACAGGGCUGAGAUCUGUGGUCGCAGGGGGCUCAUUCCCUGCAACAUGGUCUCAGAGAUCGAGACAGAAGACAGUGAGAUGAUGGAUCAGCUCCUCAAACAGGGCUUCCUCCCACUUAACACGCCCGUCGAGAAAAUAGUGAACUGUGAACGGUUCAGGGACGGACGCUCCUUAAACCGCAGGUCCCGGAAGUCCAAGAGAGAGCGGAACCGGAGGAGCGGACGGCAACAUUCCAUGUCCACGCGCCGGAUGGUGGCUCUGUACGACUAUGACCCCAGGGAGAGUUCUCCUAACAUAGAUGUGGAGGUAACGGGUCUGAGGUGUGAUCUGUGUUCGUGUUGUUGUGUUUCUCAGGCGGAGCUGACCUUCUGUGCAGGGGAUGUGAUAACGGUGUUUGGGGAGAUAGAUGAAGACGGAUUUUAUUAUGGAGAGUUAAAUGGACACAAAGGCCUGGUGCCCUCAAACUUUCUGGAAGAAGUGCCUGACGAUGUGGAGGUGUACCUCACUGAGCCCCCCACACGCCAACCUGAGGACUACCCCGGCCGGAUAAAGACCAAAAGGGUUCCAGUGGACAAAGCGGGGGGCCGUUCCAGACGAAGUGCCAUCCCCGCUGUGAGCCCCCAGUCCCCGGGGUCUGGCCCUGCCCCCGCAGGGCCUGGUAGCCCUGCCCCACCACAACCCCGACCCGACUCUAAGAAACAAGGAUUGCUCUCCAGAGGAAGGAAACUGUUGGAAAGGCUUGGUGCUGUGAAACAGGUCUCAGUGGUUCUGCUUCCAUUACGUUUAAGUGGGAGUAGAGUGUUGACAUGUUCUCCAGGGGUAGAGAAGAACUUCUCUUCCAUGUUAUUUCUGCUUCUUUUUACGCAUUUGGAUGGAAGUCGGAAUGGGGAAAAAGAGAGAAAUGGGGACUUCAUGGUCUUCAUCAUCUAUUUUAAAUCAUUUUUUAUUACACAGUACAACCACAAUAACUAGUAGGAACCUUAAGUCACUCUCAAGAAGUUUUAAAUUGUUGAAAAAACACAGACCAAAUAAGAGUAGUUUUCUUAACUUUACAGGCCAUUAUACACUUUCCAAAGCCCUCGUAAUGGAAGAAGGCAACUUUGAGAAAGUUGUACUUAGCACAAGAAAAAACGGGUUUAGCACAAAUAGUAGAUAUGGGUUUUGCGAGCACUGUGGAUAGCAUAUAUAUGUCCAUAACUGGUUUGGGAUGGGCUUCCUUAUUCAAACCACCACUGGCUCCCAGUUCUGUCUGGUUCUGAAAAGUCUAGAUAGACUCGUAUUUGCCUUAUAAAAUGCACAAGGGUUUAUGCUGUGGUCAGUCAGACAGGUGAGAUUUGUCUGGUUUGGACUGUGCGUGUUCAUGUCAGCGCUUUCCAGCUCGCGCAGAAAUACGACAACAGCCCAGCAUUCUGUUUCAGCCUUGUGCUGGCAUUCUCGCAACGGGGCCCGAUGUGUCGAGGCAGUUGCCUGUGGUGGAGAGUCACACUGUUUAGUUUUAAAUGAGAAUAAUCUACUUCACAACCAGUUUUUCAUGUGGUGUUUAGAAUAGCUAAUCCCAGGGCCUGGUUGGUGUCUGUGUUGGUAAAAUAUUCUCCUAGAUUACCAUCGACAUGAAUUUGAAGCACUCAAGUUCCAAGCUAAUGCAGGGCCCAGACAGACCUGCUCAGAGGGUAGCUGUACGCAGAGAGCUGUCAUGAUAGGAGAUGAAGUUUGCCGUAUUGUUUAGGCCGUGUACUCUCCUUCUCUUUCUCUCUCUCUCUCUCUCUCUCUCUCUCUGAAAAAAAAUCACUCCCUCUCUAAUUUCUGUUUUUCUUACCCAUUUUCACCUUUCGUUAUGCACAUUCUCUGUUCUAAGAUUCCAGUGUAGAUGUUCGAGUUUGGACUGAGACUGCCAAAAAAAAAAACAACAACAAAAAAAAACAAAACAGGAAUGUAUGGAAACAUUCUGUAUAUCUUGUACAAUUUCCAGCCAAAAUAACGGGCGUUUUAAGUCAUCAGAAUAGUUGUGUAUAUGUAUUUUGUUUCCAGUCAGAGGAUCAUGUCUUACUGAGCAUUGCUUCUACAUGUUGUUUGACUCACUCUUUUUGUACUUUGUCCAUUUGUACAUUAUUUUUAAAUGUUUAUACUUGCUUUUCAGACUGCCUUUUUUGUACAUUCAACUUUAUAAUCUGACAGCGAAGCUCUCCUCACGUUGUCUUCAAACCAUGUUUCAAAGUCUGCAACUGUGUGCUAGCUUUAUGGAAAUGAAAUCUAAGCCUGUAUUGACGGUUAUCUAACAUUGUGUGGGUGUGCAUGUGCAAUUUUUUUAAAUCAAAAUAAAUUUGAUAUUUUGUA